AUGUCUGACUCUGAACAAUCUUCCGUGUCAAGCGAGGAAAAACCUCCUCAAAUCGUCCCAACUUCUUCUGAAGAAGAAUCUGAUGACGAUGAUAUCGAUGCUUUAAUCGAUGAAUUACAAUCUAACAACAACAUGGACUCUGACUCCGACUCUGAUGACGAUGGUCCAGCCGCUGCAGGUGAAGCUAGAAACGUUCCUGAAGAAAUGUUACAAACUGAUCCUUCCUACGGUUUAACCAAUGAUGAAGUUAUUCACAGAAGAAAGAAGUUUGGUCUAAAUCAAAUGUCUGAAGAAAACGAAUCCUUAGUUGUUAAGUUCGUUAUGUUCUUCGUCGGUCCAAUUCAAUUCGUUAUGGAAGCUGCCGCUAUCUUAGCUGCCGGUCUUUCCGAUUGGGUCGAUUUCGGUGUUAUCUGUGGUUUAUUAAUGUUGAACGCUUGUGUUGGUUUCAUUCAAGAAUUCCAAGCUGGUUCUAUUGUCGAUGAAUUGAAAAAGACUCUUGCUAACUCUGCUGUCGUUAUCAGAGAAGGUGAAUUAGUCGAAGUUCCAGCUAAUGAAAUUGUUCCAGGUGAUAUUUUACAACUAGAAGAUGGUGUUAUUAUUCCAGCUGAUGGUAGAAUUGUUACCGAAGGUUGUUUUGUUCAAAUCGAUCAAUCUGCUAUUACUGGUGAAUCUCUUGCCGCUGAUAAGCAUUACGGUGACCAAGCUUUCUCCUCUUCUACUGUUAAGAGAGGUGAAGCUUUCAUGUUAAUUACUGCUACUGGUGACAACACUUUUGUUGGUAGAGCUGCUGCUUUAGUUAACAAGGCUGCUGGUGGUCAAGGUCAUUUCACUGAAGUUCUAAAUGGUAUUGGUAUUAUCUUAUUGGUCUUAGUUAUUGCUACUCUAUUAUUGGUUUGGACUGCUUCUUUCUACAGAACUGACGGUAUUGUUAGAAUCUUGAGAUACACUCUAGGUAUUACUAUUAUUGGUGUUCCAGUUGGUCUACCAGCCGUUGUUACUACUACUAUGGCUGUCGGUGCUGCUUAUCUAGCUAAGAAACAAGCUAUUGUUCAAAAGCUAUCUGCUAUUGAAUCUCUUGCUGGUGUUGAAAUCUUAUGUUCCGAUAAGACUGGUACUUUAACCAAGAACAAGCUUUCUCUACACGAACCAUACACUGUCGAAGGUGUCUCUGCUGAUGACUUAAUGUUAACUGCUUGUCUAGCUGCUUCCAGAAAGAAGAAGGGUCUAGAUGCUAUCGAUAAGGCUUUCUUAAAGGCUUUAGCUCAAUACCCAACUGCUAAGAAUGCUCUAACUAAGUACAAGGUUCUUGAAUUCCAUCCUUUCGAUCCUGUCUCCAAGAAGGUUACUGCUAUUGUUGAAUCUCCAGAAGGUGAAAGAAUCAUUUGUGUCAAGGGUGCUCCACUUUUCGUCUUGAAGACUGUUGAAGAAGAUCAUCCAAUUCCAGAAGAUGUCCAUGAAAACUACGAAAAUAAGGUUGCUGAAUUGGCCUCAAGAGGUUUCCGUGCUUUAGGUGUUGCUAGAAAGAGAGGUGAAGGUCACUGGGAAAUUCUUGGUGUUAUGCCAUGUAUGGAUCCUCCAAGAGAUGAUACUGCUGAAACUGUUACUGAAGCUAGAAGAUUAGGUCUAAGAGUUAAGAUGUUAACUGGUGAUGCUGUUGGUAUUGCUAAGGAAACCUGUAGACAAUUAGGUCUAGGUACUAACAUUUACAACGCCGAAAGAUUAGGUCUAGGUGGUGGUGGUGAUAUGCCAGGUUCUGAAUUAGCUGAUUUCGUUGAAAAUGCCGAUGGUUUUGCUGAAGUUUUCCCACAACAUAAAUACAGAGUUGUUGAAAUCCUACAACAAAGAGGUUACUUGGUUGCUAUGACUGGUGAUGGUGUUAACGAUGCUCCUUCUCUAAAGAAGGCUGAUACUGGUAUUGCUGUCGAAGGUGCUACUGAUGCCGCUAGAUCCGCUGCUGAUAUUGUUUUCUUAGCUCCAGGUCUAUCUGCUAUUAUUGAUGCUUUAAAGACUUCUAGACAAAUUUUCCACAGAAUGUACGCUUACGUUGUUUACCGUAUCGCUUUAUCUCUACAUUUGGAAAUCUUCUUCGGUUUAUGGAUUGCUAUCUUGAACAACACUUUAAACAUUGAUUUGAUUGUUUUCAUUGCUAUUUUCGCUGAUGUUGCUACUCUAGCUAUUGCUUACGAUAAUGCUCCUUACUCUCAAAAGCCAGUUAAAUGGGAUCUACCAAGAUUAUGGGGUAUGUCUAUUAUCUUAGGUAUAAUCUUAGCUAUCGGUUCUUGGAUUGCUUUAACUACUAUGUUCUUACCAAAGGGUGGUAUCAUUCAAAACUUCGGUUCCAUUGAUGGUGUUAUGUUCUUACAAAUUUCUCUAACUGAAAAUUGGUUGAUUUUCAUCACCAGAGCCGUUGGUCCAUUCUGGUCUUCCAUUCCAUCUUGGCAAUUAGCCGGUGCCGUCUUCGGUGUCGAUAUCAUUGCUACUAUGUUCACUCUAUUCGGUUGGUGGUCUCAAAACUGGACUGAUAUUGUUACUGUCGUCCGUGUUUACAUCUGGUCUAUUGGUAUCUUCUGUGUCAUGGGUGGUGCUUACUACGAAAUGUCCGAAUCCGAAGCUUUCGAUAGAUUGAUGAACGGUAAGGGCUGGAGUAAACCAUCUCACUCUUCCAGAUCUGUUGAAGAUUUCUUAACUGCUAUGCAAAGAGUCUCUACUCAACAUGAAAAAGAAAACUAA